UACUCUGCGUCAAAAUGCAAAAUGUAGUGUCAGCCAAUAUUUAUUGAUGUGAUGAUGUUUUGUCGUUUUACUGUGUAUUAAUCGAUAAAUCUGAGUCGACUAAUCACUCUUGUGAUGCUGCAAGAAAACGGCAGCAGAAACAGCCACGAAGGAGUUGCGGAAAUUGCUAAAUCUCAGCGGUAAUUGCACAGGAAAAAUGAGUCCAGCCCCCCGCACAGCGCACCCGGAAAACGGAUUUUAGAUUAUAGCGGCGAUUAGGCAUCGGAAAGAUCUGGGCGGUUGGCUUUUUUGAAGUUUCCGGCUGUCAACAUGAAGAACAAGAUGAGUGGAAUGCAUUCCAACUGGAGCGAGCUGUUCCCUACCAAAGUCAGUGCGCUAAUUUUCGUCACGUACAUGGGCCUUUUCAUUAACCAAGGAAUCUUGGUGACAGCGUCUCAGAGUUCAACCAGCGAAUAUAAUUACAACACUGUCACUGUAGUGUUGCUGACUGAAGUCCUCAAACUGUUCGUCUCCAUUGCUCUCUAUUGCAAAGAUGCCUCCUUUCCCUCUUUGUUGUACGAAGUUAAAAAGUAUUCAAGAGUAAUGAUGCUUUACUUUGUGCCUGCCUUCAUGUACUGCCUGUACAAUAACUUGGCGUUUGUUAAUUUGGCAACGUUUGACCCCACCACAUACUAUCUGCUGCUGCAGUUCAGGGUUGUGAUUACUGGAGUAGUUUUUCAAGUCUUGUUUAAAAAGCAGCUGAGCUGCAAGCAGUGGAUCUCUUUGCUGCUGCUGACGCUUGGAUGCAUGAUCAAGCACAUUGAUGUCGGCAACACAAGUCACGAGGCCACCAAAGGCACAGACAAGGCCUCAGAAUCUAGCUUCAGUCGGGAAAUCAGCACACUGUUUAUUCUUGUCCAAACGGUCUGCUCUUGCUUUGCGGGUGUCUACAAUGAGUUCCUGUUGAAGGGCGAGGGCGCACAAGUCAAUAUCUAUGUGCAAAACGUGUUCAUGUACAUUGACUCGAUUAUCUGCAACGCAGGCGUGUUGAUGGUACAGGGCAACUUUCAAGAGGCAUUCCAGCCAGGAGCGCUGGCAGCCGUUCUACGGCCCACAGUGCUGAUGAUUAUGCUGAACAAUGCUGCAAUUGGCAUUAUCACAAGCUUCUUUCUUAAGAACCUCAACUCGAUCUUAAAAACCUUUGCGAGCGCACUCGAACUCAUGUUCACAGCCGUUUUCUGCUGGCUCCUCUUUGGCAUUCCAAUCCACCUGAGCACAGUGCUUGCCAUCGCUGUGGUCUGCUACUCUGUGAUCAUUUACUCACAAAACCCCGUUGUCAACCAAACCCCUACCAGUACGUCAGCUCAGUCCCUCAAAGAGCCAUUGGUCAAGGACACUGAAGAGGUCUAAGCUGAUGCAAAAUAAGCCCAUUAAUCUAAUCUACAUUCACGUCUUGUUAGUCAGUAGCUCCUAAUGUUGCUGCUUGGACAGUUCGGAGAUUCAGACACACAAAAAAUUAUUGCUGUAGCCUCAUAUUUAUUUUCAGACAUCAAUUUUUUUUUUAUUUUAUGCCUCAAAUACCAAAAAUCUGUUCCCUCAAUAAGUCCAUAAUAAUAUUAUUGUUCGAUUUUAAAUUAAUUUUCAGUUAUGAAAAUAAGAUGGUUUUUUUAAAGACGACUGUUCGAACAGCAAGCCCUGCUUAAUAUUCUGCUGAGUGGUUCUUUACACCACCAGGUUGAGCUUUCAUCGCUAGUUCCAGUUGAAAAUUUUGCACUCCAAUAGAAUUUUUCUAGGCCUGAUUUAUCAAGCGAUUUAAACUUGCUAACCAAAACUUUACAAUAUCUUAUUGAUGAUAUAAUAUUAUAUUACUCUUGAAUAAUCUCAACCAUAAUAUGGCUCUUGAAGCAAGAAUAUUAUUUACUAGUUGCUGACUUGUGUUAUUGGCCAACGUAAUAAUUAUAUAUCUUGCAGUUAGUUGGAAAUUUCUUGUAAAAACGUUUUCUGCUGAAGGGCCAGAACAACUUCUAUACACCUUUUUACACAAUCGUCCACGCCCUGCUAGAGUAAUGUGCACUCAAAAUACCUAUCUUCUUCCUUUGAUAAUCAAAAUUUACAAAUAUUGCAACAAGUAAAGUUGAAAAAAACACUGAACAAAUUUUGCAAUUUAGCAACGAGUUCGGUACAGGUACGAAUUAGAAAAAUCACCCGUGACAGGACCGUUUGAGUGCAAAUUAUUGCCCCACAACAUGUGAUUAUCACGAUAAUUAUGUAUAUCGUUAUAAUAUAGUGGGUAUUGUUGUUAUUAGUAGAAUAAGCUGUCGUUUUCUAUUGCUAAUCACGCUGCAAAUUGCAUUUUCACAUAAUAAUUCCUAUUCAACUCAAAAUUUCCCCAAAUCCAGGCCUAUAUUGAAAUUGAGAAUGAGGCUGAACAGAUUAAUUUGUUCCGAAACAAGUGCAUUAUUGUCUGACUCAAGGCUUGCAACUUAAAAAUUAAGGUUUAAUAUUUUUAAGAUUGAGAAUGGCUUUGACGAGUAGCAUAUUAAAACAAAGGACUGCCUGAUAAAAAAAAAUAUCCAUAGCUGGCUGGUUUCAGCUUAAGUCAGGCUCUUGUUUGAUACACAGUACACUGGCUUUUUGAAGGCUGAGUAAGAAGAGAUGAACGUAAUGAAAUGCUCUUUAUAUUUCUUAACUAAAAAUGUGCUUGGAAUCUCUUUUAGACAGAAUCUCGUCCUCUACUCCUGUGCCAAAUAUGAUUUCCCUCCUUGUCCAACUUCUCUUAAAGUCCACACUUCUUUCACUUGUGCAGAUAUAAUAUAUUACUGCCACUGAUAUUUCUGAGUGAAUCACAUUAAUUGUUAAAUCUGAUGAAGGCACUACUUCUCAAUGAACAUAAUAAUUGUUCUGACAUAGUAAUCGCACAUUGUAGAGAUUUAAGCACAAAACUUGAUCUUCGACUUCAAUAAAAAGCAAAAAAUAUUAUCUCAUAACAUAAUUAAUGCUUGAUAGUGACUGAGCUGAGAUUCUGUAUCUAUUAUUGACACGUUAAAAGUGAUUUUCGUCCCUCGCCAUCUACUCUGCCAAUAAUCAUUAUAUUUAAAAACACUCAUGUAUUGUUUUGUACAAAAUACUGGCAUAGUUACUUUGUUAUGAUUUUGCCGCUUCAGAUUUAUUUCUUGAGUGGCUGUUGUCUGUUUCAAUCUGAAAUUGAAAUUUACUCCGAAAACAUCCUACAAUCUAGUCCAAUUUCAAUUUAUGUUAAGUUUUCAUCUGUGUGUGACAUAAGAAUUGUCAGUUCAUGCAAACAAUAAAUUUCAAGUGUUGAAUAAAAAUUGCUUUGAUUGUGCAAAAAUAAUUUAUUGGAAAA